CUAAAACCGAUUACCUCAACAAGUAAUAAGCCUCUUCUCGUUUUUAUAAACCCUAAAAGCGGGGGAAAUCAGGGAGCUAAAAUUUUGCAUCAGUUCCAUUGGUUACUUAAUCCACGUCAGGUUUUUGACUUAUCACAACAAGGCGGACCUGAACCUGCUCUGGAGUUUUAUCGCAAAGCACCCAACUUGCAAAUACUUGUAUGUGGUGGAGAUGGAACUGUUGGUUGGAUACUUGCUACGCUGGAUAGUUUAGAUAUUAAUCCUAGGCCUCCUGUCGCAAUAUUACCCUUAGGAACAGGAAACGACUUAUCGAGAACACUAUACUGGGGUGCAGGCUAUGGCGACGAAUCCGUUGACAAAAUCCUCCAGUAUGUAAAUGAAGGGCAAAUAAUUCAGCUCGACAGGUGGAAUCUAAAAGUCCAGAGGAACUUGAAAGCACGUUAUGAUUUAAGUGCAGAGGAUGCACCAGUUAGACUUCCUAUAAAUGUAAUGAACAAUUACUUUAGUUUGGGUGUUGACGCUCAAACUACCCUCGACUUUCACGAAAGCAGAGAAGCCAAUCCAGAGAAAUUCAAUAGCAGAAUUAAAAACAAAAUGUUUUAUGCCGGGGCUGGCGGAAGGGGUCUAUUUCAAUGGAAAUCAAGAGAUUUAGUCGAUAAUAUCACUCUUGAGUGUGAUGGAGAAGACUUAACGCCAAAAGUUCGAGAAUUAAAGUUAUGCGCCUUGGCUCUAUUAAACAUAUCGAAGUAUGGAGCCGGUACAACCCCUUGGGGUAAUCCUAAUCCUCGAGACUAUCCUACAUUUAGAGCACAGCGAUUUGAUGACGGUUACUUGGAAGUGGUUGGAUUAACAGCAUCAUCACUGGCGGGUCUGUUUGUUGGGGGACAUGGCGAGCGCAUUACUCAGUGCCGUACUGUUAAAAUAACUACUUUCAAGGUGUUACCGGUACAGGUUGAUGGAGAGCCAUGUCGAUUAGCUCCAUCAAUAAUUCGCGUGUCAAUUAGAAAUCAAGCUCAGAUGUUACAAAGAUCGAAGGUGAAUGAAUAUGUUUUUAAUUACUUUAAAUAA